CGACCCGAGACGCCGGCUGUGUCACCGGCGGUCCGUCUCCUCAGAGACGUGUCCCGGUUGGGGGUUGCGCUGCUACUCGUUGGUCUGUGAGAGCACUGGACAUUUUUAUAGGGGAAGUGUUGUAGUACUGUACACGGCAGUCGGAUCGCCGGGGGCAGCAGGUCGGUGUCCACCUGAGUGAGGUAUCUCUCGGGCGGGUGUGACACCGCCGUGUCCGUGCGGUAGAGCCUGAUCGGCCGGACGUUUGCCCCGCUGCUGGGCAAUACCUGGUCCCCGCUGCGCUCGCUGGUCCCCGGCCACGUCAGUAGACCUGCGCACUGCAGGUUGCUGGACCUCAGUCACAAGGAGCCCAUUCAUUCUCCCUCUCUUGUGCAACACGCAUCCGCAUCUGUGGAAGCUCUCUUGUGCCUCCGUCGCUGAGCACUCCGCUGGCGGUGUCUCUGGAUUACAGUGGCGUGAUCCGCUUGGGAAAUCCGUGCUCAAAGAAACCCUUCACAGUUCAUCAUCAGGAAGUGGCAGCAAGAAUCUAGACUUUCUGCUGCGUUCCGCCGGAGCCAGGGUGGCACGUAUUGAACGCCUUUCGCUGUUCCCAUCCGCAAAAUGACGUCGGAGAUGAUCCUGGUGACAGGGGGAGCUGGUUAUAUUGGUAGCCACUGUGUGAUUGAGCUGGUUAAAGCUGGUUACGUUCCGGUCGUGAUAGACAACUUUCACAAUGCCAUCCGAGGGAAAGAUGGAGUUCCCGAAAGCAUUCGUCGUGUGAGAGAGAUUACAAGAAAAGAGAUUAUCUUCCGAGAAAUUGACCUGCUUGAUGAAUCUGCUCUACGUAAUCUCUUCAGAGAGUUCAGUUUCUCAGCUGUGAUUCAUUUUGCGGGUUUGAAAGCUGUAGGUGAAUCUGUCCAGAAGCCUCUUCUUUAUUACAAGGUCAAUCUUACAGGAACGAUUAAACUACUGGAGGCCAUGAAAGAACAUGAUGUCAAAGACUUUGUAUUCAGCAGUUCAGCGACAGUAUAUGGAUCUCCUGAUUACCUACCUAUAGAUGAGAGCCAUCUUGUUGGCAGUUGCACUAAUGCUUAUGGAAAGACAAAGUACUUUAUAGAAGAGAUGAUCCGCGAUCUCUGCAAUGUAGAAAAGGACUGGAAUGCAGUGCUGCUUCGAUACUUCAACCCUAUUGGUGCACAUGAAUCGGGAAUGAUCGGUGAGGAUCCUCAGGGUAUUCCCAAUAAUCUGAUGCCAUACAUUGCACAGGUUGCGGUUGGACGCCGGCAGUGCCUGAAUGUUUUUGGGAAUGAUUAUGACACAGUUGAUGGCACAGGUGUCAGGGAUUACAUUCAUGUUGUGGAUCUUGCAAAGGGACACAUUGCUGCACUGAAGAAACUUAAAGAGAAAUGCAGUUGCAAGGUGUACAAUCUUGGUACUGGAACAGGCUAUUCAGUCCUGCAGAUGGUGAAAGCAAUGGAGAAAGCUUCUGGCAGAGAGAUUAAGUAUCAGGUUGUUCCACGGAGAGAAGGAGAUGUUGCUUCCUGUUAUGCCAAUCCAGCUCUUGCAGAAAAGGAACUUGGAUGGAAAGCAGAAUUUGGAAUUGAUAAGAUGUGCCAAGAUUUGUGGAAUUGGCAAUCCCAGAAUCCUUAUGGUUUCAGCAAGAAUUAAGGAUCGAAUGCAAAAAUCCAACAGUUGUCUUUUAAAGGAAAGAAUUUUAAACUUUUUAAUGAAAACCCUUUUAUUUUGGAAUAGUCUGUUAAACAAAUCACGCAUAAUGAAAAGCAGAUUCAAAACUCUGAUAUUCCUGUCUGUAAAGUGGGUGGAGUAGUGUAGAAAGGCAAAGUAGUUUUAUAGAAGCUGUAACACACACAAAACACCGGAGGAGCUCAGCAGGUCAGGCAGCAUCUAUGGAAAAGACACUGUGGGCCAAGAGCUUUCGUCAGCCCAACACAUCAACUGUUUAUUCGUCUACAUCAAUGCUGCUUGAUCUGCUGAGAUCCUCCAGUAUUUCACGUGUGUUGCCUAGAUUUCUAGCCUCUAAAUAAUUCCUUGUAUUUAUGUGUAGAAUGCUGUAGUCUUUUCCUAUGAAGGAACACAAGAUUUAGAGAAUUUCAAAUUUACCAUAAUACCUCAUGUUUAAUAUUAAUUAUAUCUAUGCAGGCAGUUGAAGUGCACUGUUUUGUUGAGAGUAGUUUCUUGCAUUUUUAUUGUUGAAAAAUCCAUGGGCAAUUCAUUGGUCUUCAAACUAAAAUUACAUUGAACAAUAUAGAAACUAUUAUAGAGAGUUAUAUGCAGCACACAGGGUUGGUGUAGCUGCCUGUGAUUUUAAACUUUUCUACUUUUGAACUCCUUUGCAAUCAUUUCAUUUACAAUAAACUAAAUUUUGGAAUGCGUUUUGUGUAAAUAUGCU